AUGUCACUUCUCUCCAAAAGUAUUCUUAUCCAACCAGCCGUGUCUCACCGGAGGAGGCCAUUUCUCAGUCAGACCGACCCAGGGACGCGCUUGGGGGAGGUGGUGGGUGGCACCGCCGCCGUGUGCUGCUGCUUCUCGUUCGGGCUGGCCAACAUGGUGUAUCUCGCCGUGUACAAGUUGCCGGCGAGCCUUUGCCAGAAGAUGCUGCAGCGGAAGCGACAGCGGCGGCUGCAGAGCUUGAGGGAGAGGCUGGAGGCGGCGGCCACCGUGCACGUGCGGCGGUGCACGUGCGGGUGCUGCGACGACAUCAUGGGCGCGGGGCGCGUGUACCCGCUCUGCGUCGACGACGGCGUAGACGUGGCGGCGAUGCGGCAGCCGAGCGAGGCGGAGAAUGACGCAGAGUUGUUGGAGCUGGAGAAAAUGAUGUGGGAGAGGUUUCGUGGGAUGGGGUUUUGGAGAAGCCCUUCUCAGAUAGAUCGAAACGUUGUUGGUGCAUCUGCUUCUGCUCCCAAUCUUCAGGUUCUUAUGUGA